UUUUCCCACAGCAAGCAACGGUCACACUGGCUUACCAUUUUACCCGGUGCAAAAUAAAAAAUAAUAAAAUUGACAAUUUGAACAUAGUUUUGCAGUCAUGUCUAACGAGUGCAGGAUAUGUGCGGAACGCAUUUUCACGCCAAACCCGAAAAACAUUUUCGAAAAGAAAAACCAUCGAAUUUUGACGGCAAUAGAACAGAUUACUGGACUAGAGGUUGUCUUGGAAGAGCUGCUGCCUCAGCACAUUUGCUCCUGCUGUUUGCUUGACCUUAGUCAUGCCGUUAACUUCCGGCAGCGUUGUUUGAAAACUCAUGAGAAUCUUCACCGGAGGACCGCAUCUUCCUCCUCCAAAACCGCUGUCUCGAAGGCCAAUGGGUUGGUUUUGGAGGCGGCAAACGGUCCGUCGAUGAAACGCGAAGUUCCAGACUAUGUGGACGACACGGAGGAUGACAAAGAGUUUCUGGAUAUAAAACCUGUAAUAGUGUCGCCGCCGGCCAAGAAAAUAAAACAGGCCCCAACCGUUGUCAAUAACCAAUCACCACGAGUCAGGCUCAAGCGCCUCCGUGUGCCGGAGGAUGAGAAACCAGUUGCUCCUUCCCCACCACCUCGGAAACCGGGUCGCAAGCCCAGAAAGAGGCGACCACGUCCCAAAGUCGAUCGCUCCAUUAAGCGUUAUGUAUGCGACCAGUGCGGCUGGUCCUUUAACGACAUGAGCAAUAUGAAGGACCACAAGUUGCGACAUUUUGAGGAGCAGUUUUCGUGCGACGAGUGCGGUCGCAAGUUCUACACCAUGCCGCUGCUCCGGCUGCACAUUCGGGUCCAUCAUAAGGGUGAAAAACCUUAUGUCUGCAAGUUCUGCGGCAUGGGAUUCGCCAAUAGUCCCAGCCGCUGUCGGCAUGAGCGCCAUGUACAUCCAAACGAACUAUCCUUUCCCUGUGGCAUUUGCGGUAAACGAUUCAACAGCGACAAAGGUCGAAACAAGCACGAAGAGGGGCACAAAAGCAACAAACCGGAUGUCCACAUUUGCCUCACCUGCAACAAGGAGUUUAAGGAGGCGCAAUUUUUAACACGGCAUUACACCACCAAGUACCAUCGCAAGCGUGAAAACUUGUUGGUAGAAGGGACAAAAGAAGAGUUUCAAUCGGAUGCCGAACAGGAGGAAGAGAGUCCUGGGUACAUGGAAGAGGGGCAGGCUGAAAUGGAAGAUAGUCAGGCCGAAAUGGAUAUACUAUUGGAGGAUCUAGAAGAUCAGUAUGAGGACCACGAAGAGCUUUUGGACGAUGAAGAGCCUUUCGAGGAUUUUGACUAUGACGAAGCUGUCGUGGAGGAAGAGGAGCUGUUUAAUUAACUUUUAACGCAACCUUUAUGGCGAAAGCGGCGCCAAACAUUCACAAUUGCCAGGGAUGCACGCUUUCGGAAUUUUUAGUUGGUUCGGUUGGCUGGUUCAAAAAACAAUCUUUUUGUAUGCAGGCAACCGUUUCUCCUUAAUAAUUUUUCAAGCGAUUUAAAUUCUAUAAAAUAUUACAAUAGAGUUAGCUUAAUAUAAUUAUUGUUCAAUAACAUA